GAAAAACGAGUCCAGCAAGUUAGAAAAAAUUCCAAGUCUAGUUUUCCGUCAUCGUACAAAACCCCCUCUGCCCAGGAGUUGCUCAUCUUUAGUUCUCAGAAAGAGAGGAGUUAUUUGUACAUAUUUUCUCAUCUGAGUAGUCUACAGGUCCUAGCAGACACAACGUCUCUGAUAUUCUCAGAGACCUAAAAGGACAUGGAUAUGAAGCCUCUGAUGAUUCUCCUCCUGCUAGCAGCUGUCACCACCACCGCCCCUGCAGCAGCUCAAACCACCACCGCCCUUGCAGCAGCUGUCACCACCACUUCCCCUGGAGCAGCUGUCACCACCACCGCCCCUGCAGCAGCUGUCACAACAACCGUCCCUGCAGCAGCUGGUACCACCACCACUCCCGCAGCAGCUGCCACUACCACCACUCCUGCAGCAGCUGGUACCACCACCACCACUCCUUCAGCAGCUGUCACAACCACCGUCCCUGCAGCAGCUGGUGCCACCACCACUCCUGCACAGCUGACACUGCUCCUGCACCACCACCGGCUCUGA